AUGAGUACCUCCUACAACUACAGGAAAUUUACGCAGGAGGACUCUGCAAGGAAGUCAGAUGGAUCAAUAAGGCGAGUUAAAGUUAAUCCUAAAAAAGAUAAAUCGUCAGAUCCAAAUUCAAGAUUAUCUUAUCAAUCUUUAGCACAAUUAUAUGGAGAAGCGAAUGUUGAAGAGCAAAGAGCACGCAAAUUAGAAACUGAAAUCGAAGGAUUGCAUAAUGAAGUGCGAAUAUUAAAAGAACAUUUAGAAAUUGCUCAACAAAAGUAUAAAGAUUCAACAGCAGAUACAUUAGGAUUACAAAUAUCAAGAACAUUCGAGCCAAGUGUAAUGACUAUUAACUCUGCUCAGAAAAAGAGAGCGGAAGAAAUCGCAAAUCUAAAAAAUCAUAGCAUAGAAUUACAAAAUCGCUUAAAUACUCUUCAAGAACUGCUCUCUGAUGAUAAUAUCAAAAUAUUACGAUUUGAUAUUGAUGCUCAGAGGGAGAUGAAGAAUAUAACGGAAAAAAAUAUUGAAGAUGAUCGAAAACAAUUACAAAUAACUCGCGAGAGAAUAGAGGAACUACAUAAAAUAGAUCAAAACCAGCUUAUUUUACAACAACAAGAACUUAUUGACGAUUUACAUCUAAAAGUUCACGAAUCAGUGGAGAAACAUCGCAAAAUCAAAGCUAUUGCAACAUCAAUCGCUCAAGGAUACGAUGUAGACGACGAUGUCAUUGAUAUGGUUUGUAAUGAAUAUUGUUUAGACGAAAAUGAAGAAAUAAGACAACUAGAAGACGAAUUAUCGGAAAAGCAAAGAUAUCUAGACGAAAAGGAACAGGAAUACAAUGAAAGUGUCCAACAAAAUGAUUUGACGAUGCAAUUAGCCAUCAGACAGUCCAAACUUGAGGAAAGAACAAGAGCUUUAGAGAAGGAGACACAAAUGCAGAAGGCUCAGCUCAUUGCUUUGAAACAAAACGAUGAAAAUGAGUAUUCUCAGAGUUCAGAGUUAAUGGACGAGAAAGAGAAACUUACUCUUGGUCCGUUCCAACAACGAGUAUCCAGAAGAAAACUUGCCGUUGCUUUAAUUCCUUACGGACAAAUUGAAGAUAUCUCAGUUGAAAACUUGGAUAACAAGUACUAUGCGUUUGUUUCCUUCAAAGAGAAGGAUGUAGCUAACCAAGCAGCCCUUGAACUCGAUGGAACAACAUUAAAUGGAACUCAAAUUAAAGCAUCUUCAAAUUGCCAAGAAAUUGAAGAGAGAAAGAAACGAAGUAAGACUGUUAAAAGAAGAGGGAAACCUUUGCAGCUUGAUUUACGCGAAGAAAUUACAAAUGUUUUCGAAAAAUCUAAACCAGAGUCAAAAGUGAACUCAGAAAACAAUUCCCAGCUAAAUUUGUCUCCUAUCCCAUCUCAAAUCAACCCAGAAGCGAACAAAGAAGACGUUCUUCCAGAUUUACCAGAUAAUGUUGAGAACCAAGAAGAAAACAAGCCAAUAAACAUCUUCAAUAACUUGUUUGAGAAAGAAGAUGACCAAAAGAAGCCAGAAUCAGAAAACAAAUUAAAUAAUGAAAAUCUAGAGCCAAAUGAAGAGAAACCAAAAAAUAUUUUGGAUAAUUUAUUCGAUAAAACAGUUGGAAAUCAGGAAGGAACUAAACAAAACGAAGAAGAAAAGAAGGAUGAAAAUAAUGAUCAGAAACCACUUGAAAAAUUCGAUAAAUUGUUUGACAAAACAAUUGGUGAUGAAAAGAACAACCAAGAAAAUGCAGAAAACAAAGAAGAGCCCCAAAAUGAAAAUUCAAAUGAAAUUAAAUCAGAAAAACAAGAGAAUCAGACACCAGUUCUUGGUUUUAAUGCAAUCUCUCCUGAAGUAAAUAACUUAGUUUCAAGAGAUCUCCAACUUCCGGAAAAUCCAACAGAAAAUGAACAAAAACAAUCAGAAAAUAAUGAAACAGAACAAGACAAAGAACAAAACAAAGAAGAAAAUAAAGAAGAAAAGCCUUUGGAACCAAUUUUGUCAAAUAUUGUUAAUAAAAUUGAAGAAAAACCAGAAGAAAAAGAAGAAAACAAUGAAAAUAAUGAAGAGAAACAAAAUGAGCCAUUGUUUUCACAACUUUUGCAGCCUAAAUCAGAAGAAAGAGAAAUUCAUCCAGAAAAAGAAGAAGAAAAUCAAAAGAAAGAUGAAGAAAAACCUUUUGACUUAAGUCAAUUGUUAUCAAAACAAGAAGAAGAAAAGAAAGAAAAUCAAACUCCUGAAGAAAAAGAAAUUGAUCAAAAAGAAGAAGAAAAACCAAAACAAUUACUUACACAGUUAUUAUCAAAACCAGAUGAAGAAAAGAAAGAAGAAGAAAAUAAAUCUGAUUCUGAUGUUGAAAUUGAAAAAGAUAAAAGUGAUGAAGAAGAAAAACCAAAGGAAGAAAAAGAACAAAAAGAAGAAAAUGAACCAAAGAAUGAAGAAGAAAACAAAGAACAAAAACCAGCAGGUUUAUUAACUCAGUUGUUAUCUAAACCAGAAGAAAAUAAAGAAAAAUCAGAUUCUGAUGUUGAAAUUGAAAAAGAUCAAAGUGAAGAUGAUGUUAAACCAAGAGAAAUUGAACAAAAACCUAAUAAAAAUGAAGAAAAUGAAGAAGAAAAACCAAAGUCAUUACUUACACAGUUAUUAUCAAAACCAGAUGAAGAAAACAAAGAAGAAAAUUCUCAUACAGAAGAAAAAACUCCUGAAAAUCAUAGCGAAGAAGAAGAAAAGAAAGAAAAAGGUUUACUAACACAGUUAUUAUCAAAACCAGAAGAAAAGAAAGAAAAGUCUGAUUCUGAUGUUGAAAUCGAAAAUAGUGAUGAAGAUGAAAUCAAACCAAGAGAAAUCGAACAAAAACAGACUGAAAAUGAAGAAAACAAAGAAGAAAAACCACUUGAAAAUCAUAAAGAAGAAGAGGAAAAGAAACAAAAAGGUUUACUAACACAGUUAUUAUCUAAACCAGAAGAAAAGAAAGAAGAAGAAAAUCCACAAAAAGAAAAUAAUAAAGAACCAAGUGAAGAAAAAGAAGAAACAAAGAAAGAAGAUGAGAAACCAGUUGAAGUUCAUACAAGAGAAAUAUUCCCAACUGAAGAAGAAUUACAAGGAAAACAAAACGAAGAAAAUUCUCCAGAAAAACAAGAAAAAGAAAUUUCUCAUCCAGAAGAACAUGAAAAUCACCAACAAAAUGAACCAGAAAAAGAAAAUUCUCAACUCGAAGAAAAAUCACCCGAAGAACAACCAAAAGAAAACCAAAAUGAACCACAAGAAAAACAUGAACCCAAAGAACCAGAAAAUAUUUCUCAUCCAGAAGAAACUAGGAAAAUUCCCCAAGAAAAUCAUGAACAAACAGAAAAUAAAGAAAACAAAGAACCAGAAAAUAUUCCUCAUCCAGAAAAAGAAGAAACAAAAGAAAUUCCACAAGAAAGUCCAGAGCAAACAAAAGAAACCAUUCAACCUCAUCCAGAAAAAGAAAUUCCACAAGAAAAUCAUGAAAAUAAAGAAAUUAUUCAUCCAGAAAAAGAAGAAAAUCAACAAAAAGAAAAACCAAAGAUUGAAGAAGAGAAGAAGCCGCACAUUGUUUCGAGAACUCCUUCAUUUGGAAAAGAAAAAGGAAUUCCAAAGAACAAAUCUCUUCUUGACUUAAUUCUUGUUAUUCCUAAAGACGAAACAUUUGAUAGACAGGAACAAAGGUCAGCGAAAUCAGAUGGAUCAGACAGCCAAAGAGGAAUCAAAGAACAUCCUUCUUUACUCGAUUUAAUCAUUGAUCCAGACAGAAUCAAAGAAAUUCCUGAUGAAGAAGUUCCGAAAUCUUCAUCAAGAUCUGCUUUUUCUGAUGACAAAUCAUCAACAAGAUCAGGAAGAAACAACGAAGAAGAAGAAUACGAAAGCUCUCCUCCUUUCCAAAGAAACAUUGUAUACAAUGAUAUCUUCAAACGAGAUGCAAUUAAGAAAGAAAUUCCAAAACAAAAUGAUGAAGAGAAAAAGAAGAAAAUUGAUACAAAUGUUGAUUACGACAGAAGAAGAGAACAUCCUCUGUUUGAAAGUUUCAAAGCAAAUAAGAGUCCAACAAAACAAAAUGAAGAAAAUAAUGAAUCAAAAGAAGAAAAAUCCGAAGUUAAUAUUGAUGAUUUCAACGAAGAAAAAAUUGAGAAAGGAGAAGAAAAAAUUAACUCUGACAUAGAAAUAGAGAAAAGUGAUUCAGAAAUACAAGAAAAAGAAGAAACAAAGGAAGAAAAGAAAGAAGAAAACGAAAACACUGAAAUUAAAUCAAGAGAAAUUGAUUUACAAGAUGAAUUAAAUCAAAAUAUAGAACCAGAAAAUAAUGAAAAACAAAAUGAAGUUGAAGAAAAUAAAUCUGGUGAAAAUAAAGAAAAUCAUGAUAAAUCUGUUGAAGAAGAAAAGAAAGAAAAUGUUGAAGAAAAUCAUGAUAAAUCUGUUGAAGAAGAAAAGAAAGAAAAUGUUGAAGAAAAUCAUGAUAAAUCUGUUGAAGAAGAAAAGAAACCUGAUGAAAUUAAAGAAAAUCAGGAUGAAAAUGAGGAAAAGAAAGUUGAUUCUGAUGUUGAAAUAGUAAAAGAUGAAAGUGAUAAUGAAGAAAGUAAUCCAGGAGAUAUUGAUAUCCAAGACGAUGAUCUACAAAAAGGGGAAGAAAACAAAGAAACUAAAGAAGAAGAAAAAUCAAAUGUUUCUGAAAAAAUAGGAGAUAUUGAUAUCCAAGAAGAAUCUGAAGACAAUAAAGAAAGAUCAGAAAAAGAAGAAAACAAAGUUAAAGAAGAUCAAAAUGAAUCAAAACAAAACGAAGAAAAAUCAAAUGAUUCUGUUAAAGAAGAAAUUAAAUCAAGAGAAAUUGAUUUACAAGAAGAUUUAGAACAGAAAGAAGAAAAGAAAUCAGAUGUGGAAAAUGAAGACAAGAAAGUUGAUUCAGAUGUUGAAAUAGAUUUUGAUGAAAGUGAUGAUGAUUCAGAAAAGAAACAAAAAUCAGAAGAAAACCAUAAUUCACAAUCACAAAAUGAAAACAAAGAAGAAGAUAAAAAUGAUUCAGAACCUGAAAAAGAAGAAAAUAAACAUGAAAGUGAAAAAGAACAAACAAACGAAACAAAAGAUGAAGAAAAGGAAGAAAAAUCCGAAUCAGAAAAAGAAAUUGACUCUGAUAUAGAAAUUGAAAAUGAUCAAAGUGAUGAAGACGAAAAACCAAAAGAAAAUGAAAUCAAUCUUCAAGAACAAAAAGAAAAUCAAAACGAAGAUGAAGUAAAAUCAAGAGAAAUAAAUCUUGAAGAAACAAAAGAAGAGAAAAAAGAAAUUUCUGACUCAGAAAAAGAAGAAGAAAACCAAAUUACAAAACAAGAACAGUCGAAAUCAGAUGUUGAAAUCAAAAUAAGUGAAAGUGAAAAAGAAAAAAUCGAUUCAAACAAAGAAAGUGAAAAUAAUGAAGAAAACGAAGUAAAAUCAAGAGAUUUAAACCUCGAAGAUACUAAAGAUGAAUCAAAUAAAGAGGAAUCCAAAGAAAAAGAAAAUAAUUCUGAGAUCAAAAAUCAAAAUGAAGAGAAAUCAGAAGAAUCUAUAACUAAACAAGAUAAUAAAGAUGAUUCUGAACAAAACAACAUGGAAAAUGAAAAUAAUUCAGAUAUCAAAUCAGAAAAUCGAGAAAACUCAAACCAAAAAGACCAUGACGAUAUAAAAAAUAAUGAAACAAAUCCGAAAUCACAAGAAACAGAUUCUGGAUUUGAUAUUGAUUUGGAUGAAAGCGAUUCAGAUAAGCCAGCCAAAAAUGAUGGUGAAAAAGUCACAAAUAAUGAUAAAAACGUAAAUUCUGUUGACGAAAACGAUGAAAAAGCAGUUUUAAGUUCAAAUGAUCGCAAAACCGUUUUGAAUAAAGAAGAACCAGAAAAGGAAAACAACAACAGCACUGAAAAUACAACCAAUACCGAAAACAAACAAGAAGAUCACGAUCUUAAUCAAAUUUCAAAUUCUCCUUCAAUUAACAUAGAUAUUCAAUCAGUAUCAGAUGAGUAA